UUUUUUUAAAGCUCCUCCACUCUUCUUCGGAGUUCAGGCCGCUUGGCGAUUUCGGUCCAUCCUCCGAUUGGGCGACCUAAUCGUUCUAUUUGACGCAUCGAUCUCCUUCUCCAUCCUCACUCAUCUGUUGGCGAUUUUAAUCCCCUGUUAUUCCCUUUCAUCGAGGUCUCAGAAUCGAUCACCAGAGGGUUCAGAUACCUCUGAUGGCUGGAUUCGUCGAAUCUCAAUUGCCGUAGAAGAUUUAUAUUUCUCAAAGUGAAAUUGUGAGUGUUGAUUGCGGUCGUAGCCAACUCGACCUGAAGGGUACAAGGUCGAUAUUGAUAUUUUCGAGUAUCGUGUCCUGGAGGAGAAGGUAUGGCGCAGAGUAAUUGGGAGGCUGAUAAGAUGCUUGAUGUUUAUAUUCAUGAUUAUCUGUUGAAACGAAAUUUGCAAGCUACUGCUAAAGCUUUCAAGGAAGAAGGGAAAGUGGCGACUGAUCCUGUUGCAAUUGAUGCUCCUGGUGGUUUUUUGUUUGAGUGGUGGUCUGUGUUUUGGGAUAUCUUCAUAGCAAGAACAAAUGAAAAGCAUUCUCAAGUUGCUGCAGCAUACAUAGAGACACAACGGGCAAAAGCAAAGGAAGAACAUCAAAGGCAAUUACAGAUGCAGCAGUUGCAACUGAUACAGCAACAAGCUCAACUGCAACAAAGAGGCGUUAACCAUCCUCCUCUCAAUGGGACAAUAAGCUCUACAAACACAAAUGGCAUUUCAGGGCCUCCAACUGCUAGCUUAUUGGCUGCUAAAUUGUAUGAAGAGAGAAUGAAGCAGCCACAAUCCAUGGAUAGUGAAAUAUCCCCCCAACUUCUUGAUGCUAAUAGAGUUGCGCUAAUCAAAUCUGCAAACAACCAUCCCGGGCAAUUUAUCCAAAAUAACCCUGUUAGUGGACCUGCAGCAACCCAGCAUGUUCAAGGACAGAAUCAACAAACAUCUGACAUUAAAGGCAUCAUGGGCGUGGCACAAAGAUCUUUGAAUAUGGAUCCCUCUUCAUUGUAUGGCCAUGGUAUAAUGCAAGCAAAAUCUGGGCUAAGUGGUGCUGGAAUGACUCAAGGUGUUAGUGGUCUUCCUCUUAAAGGCUGGCCUUUGGCAGGAAUUGACCAAUUACGUCAAAACUUCGGCCCUCAAGUAAACAAGCCCUUUCUAUCAAAUCAAAGCCAAUUUCAGCUUUUAUCGCCCAACCAGCAACAGCAGUUUUUGGCACAGGCUCAAGCACAAAGCAAUAUUGACCUGUCUAACUGUGGCAUAGAUCCUCGCAGGCUUCGAGCAUUGCCAAGGAGUGUACUCAGUGGAAAAGAUGGUCAAAUGAAUGGAAAUGAUGCAUCAAUUGGUUCUCCUAGCCAGUCAAGUUCGCCAAAGGUCACACAAGAUCAAGCUUUCUUGAAGGCAACCCAGAUGCAGCAGUCAUCUAAUCAACAGACACAAGAACUGGUGCAGCAACAACAGAUGCAACAGAAUACACGGAAGAGGAAAACUACUUCUUCCGGACCAGCAAACAGUACUGGCACAGGAAAUACUGCAGCACCAUCUGCUAACUCGCCUCCCUCAACUCCAUCCAUCCAUACACCUGGUGAUGGUGUUUCAAUGGCUGGCAACCUGCAAAAUGCAAACACUAUGUCAAAAAGUUUGAUGAUGUAUGGAACAGAUAAAUCAGGGAGGCUUGCUUCUUCAAGUCAUCUGGAUGAUCUAGAGCACUUUGGUGAUGUUGGUUCAUUGGAUGAUAAUGUUGAAUCUUUUCUGUCAAAUGAUGAUGGUGAUGGACAGGACAUAUUUGCUGCAUUGAAGAGUACUGCUGAGAACAAUGUGGAACCGUUAAAUGGUUUUAGUUUUAAUGAUGUUAGUUCUAUGCAAGCUGGGAGCAACAAAGUAGUUUGCUGCAACUUCUCUACAGAUGGGAAAUUGCUUGCUAGUGCUGGACAUGAUAAAAAGGUUGUUGUCUGGAACAUGGAAUCACUGCAAACUGUAAGCAGUUCCCCAGAACAUUCUCACAUCAUCACAGAUGUCUGUUUUAGGCCAAAUUCAACUCAGUUGGCAACUUCUUCUUUCGAUAAAACUGUGCGGCUAUGGAGUGCUUCAGAAUCAAUUCAUUGUUUACGUUCUUUCACUGGGCACAGCUCGCAAAUAACUUCACUUGAUUUUCAUCCAAAAGAGACGGAUAUCUUUUGUUCUUGUGAUGACAAUGGUGAGAUCCGGUACUGGAAUGCUAGCCAAUAUUCUUGCACACAGAGUUUCAAGGGUGGUGGUACAGUACAGGUGAGAUUUCAGCCCAGAAGUGGGCAAUUUCUGGCUGCAGCUGCAGACAACAUGAUUUCUAUUUUUGAUGUUGAGACCCAUACAAAUAUGCGGACGUUACAGGGUCAUAAAACAGCAAUACAAUCUAUUUGCUGGGAUCUAAAUGGCAGCACACUUGCAUCUGUUAGUCAGGAUUUAGUUAAAAUAUGGUCAACACGCACCUGGGAUUGUAUAAGUGAGCUAAGCUCCAAUGGUAACCAGUUCCAUUCGUGCAUCUUCCAUCCAAGAUACACACAAAUCUUAGUUAUUGGAGGUUAUCAGUCAUUGGAGCUAUGGAAUAGGAUUGAGAACCAAACCAUGACGGUCCAGGCACAUGAAGGUGUUAUUGCAGCUCUGGCGCAGUCAAGCUUCACUGGGAUGAUUGCCUCUGCUAGCCAUGACAAAUCUGUUAAACUAUGGAAAUAGAAUUGAGCCCUACCUUUCAUGGCAUUCGAGGCUCUAGGGAUGAAGACAAAGGUGAGCAUGGUUCCAGGCACUUUUCCGCGGUUCGAUUUGUAAUUUUACAACAUUAAAAUGGAAUUCCACCAACCUGUCGGUCAAGUAUUCUCUCUAAGUGAUCUACAUUAGUGACAGCCUUGAUUUUAAUCUUCUCAUUGCCUUCAUACAAUAGUCAUAGAUCUAUAUUGACUGACAGGAUGAUUCAGAUGAACUUGCAUGAUGACAAAAUGGUAUGGAUAAACGUGUGCUCUUGUUAAAAGUUUAAUUAUGCAUUUGGCAAUCGGUCAGUGUUCUUCACAUUAUUUCGUAGACGGUGAGAAAAUUAUUUGUGGACAUUUCAAGUGUAUUGUGGAUUGUAUAGGUUUCCCUUUGCCUUAUAAAAUUGAUAAUCUAAGACGAUUUCAAAC